GGUGAUUGAGGCUGACUACAACUUGGAGAAAAUGUUAGAACUCUUCGAACAAAACCGGGCCCAGAUAUUAACUCCAGAGAAUUGGAAGCACGGCUCAUAGGACAGAAGCAGUCUACAGGACGAUGCCAGAAUCCCAACGGGGCCAGGCUAGCUAUUAGGAAGAGCUUGGAAGCAUUUCCUCUCAGAAGGCCUUUUAUCUGGUCAGAUUAAUUUUCUUAGGGCCUUUUCUGUUCAUCACAGGGGCCAACAAUUUUGUCUGUCAGACCCUUAGUGUUUACAACACACAUUCCCUUUGGUGCCUUUCCCCUAGUGGCUUCCUGCUGCUGCAGCCCUCCACUGAAGUCCUCUGGAAGAGCACUUGCUGUAUCCAUGUAUCCAUGGUUUCCUGCUGGGUGCUGUGCAUGAGGGCUGCUGUGUGGGGAGUGAGGUCACCGUCUUCCAUCCCAGGGAAGGAUAUGAAGCUCUGAGAGGUGCAGGGAACCCUUGGAGCCAGUGCACAGCAGAACAGGCACCAUUCCUCCUGAGCUGCUCCCUGCUGGCCUGUUGCUCUGUGCUGUACUCACCGCCUGGUCCCCAUGCAUCUUUGUGAGGAGAGCUGGCAGUGUGCAGACCCUAUCACAUUUCAUUACCGAACGAUUUUCGAGGAAAAUCAUCUCUAGUUUUUGACACAGUGGUGUUGCUUGGUCUGUGCCCAGUGUUGAGUGGUUUCCUGGCAUGAGGCUGCUGCAGCCUCUGCUCCUUGUCACCUGGACCUUGGGUCCACAGGAAAAUCCUACAUUGGCCCCUGAAUGUUGCCAGUAGCCCAAGGGAGGAAGGUUCUGCCAAAACUGCCAGUUCCAUGUCAUUCCAGAUCAGGACAAUGGCAGUUGGGGUCUAGAUGCUUUGCCCUGUGCUGAGCAGGGGAGAGAGUCAGGGGCAGUCAAGGCCUUAUCACUCUCUCCUGUUCUUGUGUGAGGAGCUGUGCCCUUGGAAUCACCGAAUGCUUGUGCCCCAGGGAGAGAGACAAGUGGCCUUAAGCCUUUUGAAGUGUUUUUCCAUCUGAGUGGAUGUGCCAGGCCAGAAAGCAUGAAGCCAUCUUUAUUGAUCAGA